AUGAAUGGAAGGAGCUUGGAGCAGGCUAGGAAUCUGGUGAAGACAUCCUACAUCAAUCAAGGAGAGCAAGCUCUCAAUGGCAGAAGAAAACAGGUUACGGCGCUGCUCUCCAACCGUCGUCUGCCGACUCGAGGGUGGGAUGACGCGCAGAUCGAGUACCUCUUGACCGAGAUCUCUCUCAUGGACAGCAAUAACUUCUCAGAGAACGUGGGCGUCGGGGAACGAGAGGGAAGGGUGUAUUCUGGCUUGGUCGCAAGACGAAAUUUCCGCCUGUCACACGGCGUGGGUAGAUCGGGAGACAUCGCCGAGGUCCAGCCGAAAGCCGCUGGGUCAUCGUUGCUGGCCAAACUCACACAUGCGCUGGCGAAGGAUGCUUUAAGGCUAGCGGGGCUUGGGAAUGCUCGCGCUUGCCUUGUUCUGCCCAUGGCCACCGGCAUGUCCUUGGCUCUAACGUUCGCAGCCUUGCGGGCUGCCAAGCCCGCCGCCAAGACGAUCGUCUGGCCGAGGAUGGACCAGAAGUCCUGUUUGAAAGCCAUCGUGGCCGCCGGGUUCACGCCGAUUGUUGUGGAAAACCUCAUCCAGGGCGACGCGGUUGCGACAGACGUGGACGGCGUGAGAGCGGCGGUGGAAAGCUGCGGCGCGGAAAACGUCUUGUGUGUUGUCACGACAACCAGCUGCUUCGCGCCUCGCCUGCCCGACAAGGUCGACGAGGUUGCCCGCAUAUGCGCUGCGAGCGGGGUAGGGCACGUCAUCAACAACGCCUACGGAGUUCAAUGUUCCAAGACAUGCCGGCUCGUCAACAGGGCGAUGGCGGUAGGGAGGGUCGACGCCGUGGUCCAGAGCACGGACAAGAACUUCUUGGUUCCCGUCGGCGGAGCGGUGGUGUGCGGACCGGACGCCACCUUUAUCGAGCAGGUAGGUAAGAGCUACGCCGGGCGUGCAAGCUCUGGGCCUUGCCUAGAUCUCUUCAUCACGCUCCUCAGCAUGGGACAAGAGGGGUGGAGGCGAUUGUUGGCGGAGCGCGAGACUUUGGUAGAGCCUUUUCGACGGCGCUUACGAGAGGUGGCGGAGAGCAACGGAGAGCGCCUGCUCGAGUCAAGUGGUAACACCAUCUCCUUCGCCGUGACUCUCGACAGCCUGGUUCGCAAGCAGUCCACGGCCGCGUGCGCGCUGGAAAGCAACGGCGUUACUGGCACAGCCUCCGGCGCCCCUGCUUCGGCGGCCUUCUUCGGGUCUAUGCUCUUCACGCGAUGCGUGUCUGGCACCCGGGUCGUCCCGCGUGAACAGCACAAGUGCGUGGGCGGCAUCGAUUUUAACGGCUACGGGGCGAGCGUGACCGGCUAUCCGCACGACUACUUGACGGCGGCGUGUGCCGCAGGAUUGUCCACGGAGGAACUUGACGAGUUUUUGAUCCGGCUGGACAAAGCCCUUCGAAAGGCCAAGGCCGAGAGAGCAGAGGCGUUGGCAGCGCCUCGGUCACAAGAUGGGAAAACGGAGGCGGGGGUGACCAAUUCCACCGCAAACGGUUCCGCAAACGCAGAGCCAAGCCUCGUUGGGGUAGCAGCCGCUCAAGACGAUGGGAAAGAACGUGCUGCAAAUGGAGAGGUGCGAAGAGAUACUCCCGGAGCGACAAGCACAGGUGGUGGAGCUGAACAGGGGGCGGAGUGCCUAGAGGCUCGAGGCGACGACGAGGACUGGGACGACGUAGAUUAG